UCUAAACAAGCACAGAAGGACAUUGAUACUUCACCUGGACUGAAGCAUCUUAAAGGAAACUUAAUCUGCUCUACAGUCUUCCAGGUUCAUUUCUGUAAGAACUUUCUGAAUCUGAGCCAGAGUCCAAUUAACAUCCUCCCAUUUGGGAAUCAUUACAAACAGAAGACACUCCAGUAUUCCCCAGGCUAGGGGAAGGUGGUGUUUCCUGUAGUGAAGACCCAUCCAGAACCACUGUUCAUGACAAGAAUUUAAGGUGCCUUCAGAAAAAUCAAGGGACAAUAACAAUGCAGAACACAACUCCUGUGACAACAUUGCAUUUUACUGAUUAUGAGAUAACCGGCAAUAUCAAGUAUUUGUACUUUAUGUCCACUCUGUUAGUUUUUCUCUUGAUUGUCUUUGUGAACAUAGUUCUUAUAACUGUAAUUACUACACAAAGAAGCCUUCAUGAGCCAAUGUAUAUAUUCAUUUGUAACCUUGCUUUUAAUGGACUAUAUGGUAGCUCCGCAUUCUAUCCUGUAUGUAUGGUUAACAUCUUGUCAAAAAUGCCAUCUAUAUCUAGAACUGGCUGCUUGAUUCAGGUGUUUUGCAUUCAUACAUAUGGAUCAUUUGAAUAUUCAAUAUUGGCUCUGAUGGCGUAUGACCGAUAUCUGUCCAUAUGUCAUCCAUUAAGGUAUAACAGCAUCAUGACACCAUCAAAAGUGACUAAGCUGUUAGUAUUUGUGUAUAUGUACCCCAUUUGUAUUUUGUCUGUACAUAUUUAUUUAACUAUCCGGUUACCUUUAUGUGGCUUUAUAAUAGAUAAACUAUACUGCAACAACUGGUCUGUUGUCAGGCUUUCAUGCAUUGAUGUGUCUGUUAAUAGUGCUUUUGGUCUGUUUGUUACAACUAUUCUCAUGGUUCCCCCAUUUCUAGUGAUUUUCUACUCCUACAUCAGGAUCCUGACAGUGUGCCUGAAAGCUUCAAAGGAAGCUCGAUCUAAAGCUCUAGAAACUUGCACCCCUCAUUUACUGACUUUCAUGAACUACAGUGUCGCCACUUUUUUCGAAGUUGUGCACUACCGUUUCGAUCUAAGCAAUAUGCCCCAUGUCCUGAGAAUUAUUAUGUCAAUAGAUUUUCUGUUGCUUCCCCCUCUUUUAAAUCCCAUCAUCUAUGGAGUUAAAAUGCAGGAGAUAAAGAAAAGGACUAUAAGAAUGUUUGUUGGAAGGAAACCGAAUUCCUUUGAAGCACCUAGAGAAAACAAGCAGAAGAUAACAUGGCUUUCACAUAUGAAAUGAGAAUGUUUGGUUAUGUUAGGGUGGGGGCACUUGGACAUUUCACAGAUCAGGUGAGCUGGGGCACCCUUUACCAUGAAAACGCUGUUACAUUUGGACGGAAGAUUUUUCAAACAAAAAAGUCUGUCUGUCAGAAGUCACAGUUCCUUAACACUGUUUAUGACUGCAAUAUUUCACACUCCCCUUCUAGUCACAGACAGACAGAGACUGUGGUA